AUGCAGCUCACCCAGACUCUCGUCGCCGCCCUCAUGGCCGCCUCCUCGGCGCUGGCCGCCCCGGCCCCGGCCACCAAGUCGAUGAAGGCCUCUGGCGCGGAAUGGACCAUCGAGAAGAUGAAGCGCGUGUGCGCCAGCGACGACAGCUCCUGCACGUGGACGUUCGGCAUCAACCCGCACACCGGCACGACGACCGAGUGCAAGUACGUCGUCACGCAGGCGCACGCCUCGCGCGCCAACCCCGGCGCCCCGGGCAACUGCGGCGACUACACCAUCACGUCGGGCUGGAGCGGGCAGUUUGGCGAGGGCCAGGGCUUCACCACGCUGUCGGUCGUGGACAACAAGAACAGGCUCAUCGUCUGGCCCGCGUACAGGGACGUGCAGGUCCAGGAGGGCAAGGUCGUCGAGCCGGACCAGAGCUACCCUGCCCAGAAGCUGCCUUAG